CGUGCGCGGGCCCCACCUCCAGCGGCCCCGCCCCAGGUCCUCCUCCUCCACGGCUUACCCGGGCUCCGACAGCGGCUGCAGCUCUCCGAGUUGCGGCCGCAGGAGCCGGAGCCAUGCGGACAGUAGACCCGGAGGCACGCCCGGGGCUUCUGCCCCUGCUGCUGCUGCUGCUGCUGGCCGAGGCCGGACUGUCCGCCGCCUCACCCCCAGCAGCACCGCGCUUCAACGUGAGCCUGGAUGCGGCCCCCGAGCUGCGCUGGCUGCCAGUGCUGCGGCACUACGACUUGGACUUGGUGCGCGCAGCGAUGGCGCAAGUCAUCGGGGAUAGAGUCCCCAAGUGGGUGCACGUGUUGAUCGGAAAAGUGGUCCUGGAGCUGGAGCGCUUCCUGCCCCAGCCCUUCACCGGCGAGAUCCGCGGCAUGUGUGACUUCCUGAACCUCAGCCUGGCGGACUGCCUCCUGGUCAACCUGGCCUACGAGUCCUCCGCAUUCUGCACCAGUAUUGUGGCUCAAGACUCCAGAGGCCACAUUUACCAUGGUCGGAAUCUGGAUUAUCCUUUUGGGAAUGUCUUACGCAAGUUGACCGUGGAUGUGCAAUUCUUAAAGAAUGGGCAGAUUGCAUUCACAGGAACUACUUUUAUUGGCUAUGUAGGAUUAUGGACUGGCCAGAGCCCACACAAGUUUACAGUUUCUGGUGAUGAACGAGAUAAAGGCUGGUGGUGGGAGAAUGCUAUCGCUGCCCUGUUUCAGAGACACAUUCCGGUCAGCUGGCUGAUCCGCGCUACCCUGAAUGAGUCAGAAAACUUCGAAGCAGCUGUUGGCAAGUUGGCCAAGACUCCCCUCAUUGCUGAUGUUUAUUACAUUGUUGGUGGCACCUCCCCCCAGGAGGGGGUGGUCAUCACGAGGAACAGAGAUGGCCCCGCAGACAUUUGGCCUCUAGAUCCUUUGAAUGGAGUGUGGUUCCGAGUUGAGACAAAUUAUGACCACUGGAAGCCAGCACCCAAGCGAGAUGACCGGAGAACACCUGCCAUCAAGGCCCUUAAUGCUACGGGACAAGCAAACCUCAGCCUGGAGGCACUUUUCCAGGUUUUGUCGGUGGUUCCAGUUUGUAACAACCUCACAAUUUAUACUACGGUAAUGAGCGCCGGUAGCCCAGACAAGUACAUAAGUAGGAUCAGAAACCCAAGUCGAAAGUAAGUCAGCAGAAGAGCGAGUUCAUCCGUGCUGUGAAAGAUGAUUUUUUAAAAUGAAAUUCUUGAAGAGCUGCACCUUAAAAAAUCAGAGAAAGUGAAAGUAUUGUGUUAUAUUACGAACAAUGCAGGCUCCUUCCUCAUUUAACUUUUCAACCUUGCGAAGUGGGGCCAGAAGAUUGAUUUGGAGUUUGUGGUAAAGCCUGUAAUGGGCAUUGUCCUGCACCCGCUUCCCUUCGUGGUUUGCCUCGAUCCUCUCUAAGCUUACAUCCUGGCCUGAAUAACGCAAAGAUAAUUGGUCUCAGAGUUCAAGCCAUAUCCUCAGACCUUAUUUCCAUCUUCUCAUAAAUCUGCCAUCAUACCUUUGCUUCUCCACUAAUGAAAUGAGCUGGCAAGACCUCUGUUCAUUAUGAAGUGCUUCUGAAAGAGCCUAAAAAAAGGCUCAUCUGAAAGAAAUGGAGAGCUCUAUUUCGAACCAAGCCUGUUUGAAUGUGUGUUAGUCUGAUCUUUGAUCAUGUAUUUCUAUGUAAUGGGAGUCUUGUUUUUUAUAAUGUUUCUAAUGUUUUAUUGAAAAACCUAUGGACCUCUUUCUUUCUCAACAUCUACUUUCUUACUGCUUUUUGAAAAUAAUGUGCAACCAAAUUGUUUCUUAAUAUCACAUAAUUAAGUAAUAAAACGUCAAAAGAAAUGUUGGCAAGAAGAAUAAAAAAAUUUUCCAAGAAAUUUA